AUGCUCAAGCGAAUCACCGACGACGUGGCCGUGCUGGUGACCCCACGCCAGGAACGAGACCUGCUUCAGUGUACGGUUACGUUCCAGUAUACCGGCGGGGUGGCGUCGGCGCCGCUGGCGGCUGCCACCCCCGCGUCUCGAGGCUGGUUCUCGUGGGGCGGUGGUCACACUGACGCGGCGCCAGCCACAGCUAACGGCUCCGAUUCCCACCACGGAGCCCGCCUCGUGCUUGGGCUGACCCAGUUCUUCGGGUACAUGGUGGCGAAACCGGCGAUUGAGGAGUUUUUGGGCGAGGACUACGACGACGACGAUGCCGUCGAACACCACAUGACCGCGAGCCAGUGGCUCAGUCUGCGACCGAAACCGCUCGUGGGGGGUAAGCUCGGCGGUAUCCCCCACUUGGAGAACGCCGACGAGACCAUCGCCGACGACGACCUCUAUUUCGUGGCUGAUCUCUUGCUUCCAUUUAACUCCCGCGAUCCGCAGCAGCCGGCCCACGAUAAGAAGCGCCACGAAAUCACCUACAAGGAGCUCUGUGAGGCGGUCUACCCGUUCCAUUAUACCCCGCAACAGUUACUUUUCACCGACGUCGAGCUCGGGUCGUCGGCGAAGUUCGCGGUGCUGUUCCCCAUCCAAGACGUGUGGCCGCCAGCGUAUAAUUACCCCGGGUCGCUGUUUAGCAUUAACUACGUGGUGGCGGUGCUGUUUCUGCUUGGUAUGAAGAAAUACACCAGUUACUUCCCCAUACUGCUCAAAUCGCCUCGCAUUGGCGACCACCCCCGCUGGCUUCAGGCAAUUGCGUUUAGUGACAUCUAUACGUUCAAAGAACGUCGGUCUAGCCAUUCAGACGACGCUAAACAGAAAUUUUUGAGUGAUUUUGACAACUUGAUCGACUCCGAUGACCACACCGUCAGACUGCGUAAAAAGAGCAUGGCGAGCAUUUACAGCGGGGCCGAAGAUGACGAGAUCCCGGAAGGGUUCCAUCCGCAGCUCCCACUGCAUUUCAAAACGAGCUACCAGCUCCGAGUGAACAAUACCGAGUUAUGUCUGAUCCACCUCACCAAGCCGUACUAUCAUGCUGGCGAGGACGCGGUGUAUUGCAUCACGCUUAAUAUGGACUCGCCGGUUAAAGUGAUCGGCUACAUGCUUCAUCUAGAGUGUCAGGAGCUGUUUGCUGAUGGGUUAGUCCGGGAGUACCCGGUGACAGGCAAGAUUCAAACCAAUACGCUUGCGAUGGCUUUAGCUGGGGGUGAUGAUCUGAAUGGAUACAUCAACAUCCCCCGCUGGCUCACACACCAGUUCCAGCUGACCUUUGCCAACGUCGCCUACUACCUCGUGUUCAAAUUCAACAUCGCCGAUCUUGAUGACCACGACCCGGAGGACGUCGAGGGCAACGACCUAAAAUUCCGGCUCAAGCUUGUGGUAUUACCCUAA